GGCGACCUCGUUCAAAUUGAUGUCGGCCCGAAGAACAAUCGCAGCACUUUCCGCGUCCACAAAAAUGUCCUUUGCCACUACUCGGGAUACUUCACAGGUGCGCUGAAUGGGAAGUUCAUCGAAGCCACGACAAAGCGCAUCGACCUUGCGGCAGAAGACCCCGGAAUCUUCACCAUCUUCGUCUACUGGCUAUACAGAGGCUGCAUACCGCCCCCUGGGGAAGGACUCGACUACACAACGCUCUGCAAGCUCUGGGUUUUCGGCGAUGCGCGCAGCGUUCCGCUUCUACAAAAUGCGGCGAUGGCAUUGCUGAUUCGUCGGGCAGCGACGACGCGGUCUGCGCCAUCGAAUUCGGUCGACUACAUCUAUUCCAACACGAUGCCUGGCUCACCGCUACGUCGGGUGCUGAUUGAUCUUGUGAAGAAGGUUGCUGGACGGAAGAUCCUUCCAAGUGCAAAGGAGUGGCCAAAGGAUGCGCUUCUCGAUUUGGCGGAGGCUGUUUGGACAGAUGGGUCGGUCAUGACCGCUACGGUGGCCCUUGGUAGUUUCAAAGCGAAGGACUAUUACGUUACCGAGAAGAGUGAAAGUACUGCAUAG